UCAGCACCACGGACAGCGACCUCCUGAUCCUGUAUAUAUAGGUAUCAUUAUAUCCACACAGCUGGCUCUGAGGAGCAGGGCAUGCUCCUCCUGUAGUGACUGACUGACUACCAGCUCUAAUACAGCAUCAUCUACGAUCAUGUUACUGCGGCACUGACAGCUGAACAGCAGAGGGCAGGAUGCGGGCUUUCCUACAGACACAUCCUCUGCUUUUUUAGUUUCUCAGCCACCGGAGAGAUCCCUUUAUUCUGGGCUGAACAUGCCUCCUCCUCCUAUGUCGACUCGUCUCAGGCUUGUCUUUCUCAGGGUGUGUGAGUGGCUCUAAACGGUAACAGAUGUAGCGCAUGUCUGACAAAUGGCUCGUCUUGGUUGAGGGUCUCUGCAGAGCAAGGUGGUGAAAUCUCUUCCUCUUCCUACUCCACGCCCUAUCAUCAUCAUCAUCAUCAUCCUUAUCAAUAGCCUCCCAGCAUCAUGUCCCCUCCAGCAUCGGCUGCGACAGUGAGUGAAAGCAGCACCACCACCGUCUUCGAAGAGGACACCAGAGAGGAGCAAAGACCCCUUAAGCAAUCCCUGAGCAAGUCAUUAUGCCGGGAGAGUUUUUGGAAAUGCCUGCUCCUGUCCAUCCUCAUGUAUGGCUGCAUGGGAGCAAUGGUUUGGUGUCAUGUCACCAAGGUGACCCGCCUCACCUUCGACAGUGCCUUCAAAGGGAAAUCCAUGAUGUACCACGACAGCCCCUGCUCCGACGGCUACAUCUACAUCCCUCUGGCCCUACUGGGAAUGCUCUAUUUGGUCUAUCUCGUGGAGUGCUGGCACUGUCAUGUGAAGAACGAGCUGCAACACAGAGUGGAUGUGGAGGGCAUCUACGAGCGCAUCCAGAGGAUGCAGCAAGCCAAACCCUGCAUCUGGUGGAAGGCCAUCAGCUACCACUAUGUUCGCCGAACGCGACAAGUCACGCGCUACCGCAACGGGGACGCUUACACUAGUACCCAGGUUUACCAUGAGCGUGUCAACACCCAUGUUGCUGAAGCUGAAUUUGAUUAUGGUCACUGUGGUGUCAAAGAUGUUUCAAAGCAGCUGCUGGGCUUGGAGAAGUCCGCUCUCACCAAGAUGCGGUUUACCAAGUGCUUUAGUUUUGCCAACGUAGAGUCGGAGAAUUCCUACCUUACACAGCGAGCAAGGUUUUUCACUGACAAUGAGGGCCUUGAUGACUACAUGGAAGCCAGGGAGGGCAUGCACCUGAAAAACAUUGACCUGAAGGAGUACGUCAUGGUGAUGUCGGACCCAGACCACCACCCCUGGUAUCUGUCCCACUACGUCUUCUGGUUCUCCUCAUUCCUCACGUUCUCCUGGCCUCUCAGAGUCUUCACAGAGUAUCAUACUGCAUACGUCCACUAUCGCGUUGAGAAGCUCUUCGGGCACGAUUACCUCCCCGUGACCCCAUGUGAUGAUCGGCCAUAUUGGCGUCGUAUCCCUCGCGUUAACACCAUUGACAGCACAGAGCUUGAAUGGCACAUCCGGUCCAACCAGCAACUGGUGCCCAGUUACUCGGAGGCCGGCCUGAUGGACCUGGCCCAGUGCCCGUCCAACUUCAGCGGGAUACGUCAGAAUUGCGAGCGCUGCCACAGAGCCAUCAGCUGCUCCUCUGUGUUCUCCAGGAGCGCCCUCAGCAUCUGCACCGGCGCCAGCUCCCGCAUCCCCUUCAGCGGCAGUCGCUUCUCCUUGGCGCGGCGCUACGGCUCCCAGCGCAGCUGCUUCUGGAGGAGCGGCAGCUUGGAUGACCAGGAGAGUCCCAGCGAAAACACCCGCUGCCUAUCGGAGCGCCUCAACACAGACGAGGAGGAGCCCCCAGAAUACGAGGACGCACUUUGCUACCCAGUGCUCAUUGUCCACUGUAGCGAGAAUUGCCACAACCACAGGUCUUUCCACAGAAAUGGCUCCUGUGUGGAGACUUCCUUAUGACUAUGCAGUCACAAAUGAGUGGCAUUUCUGUAGCAUACAAACACUUUCGACAUCAGAAACAGCCAAGUCUUAAUGUGAGAUACACAGAUUCAUGCUGCAUUGUCAUACUAUCUGAAACAAAUGCCUGAAUCCUGAAUGUGUGAAUCACCAAAGCAAUAACGGUGAUUAGUGGGUGGAAAACAAAGCGAUGGUGUUAUGUGAACCUACAAGGAUAUACACACACACACACACACGGAAAGAUUAUAUCUGCCUGGCUUCCAAUGAAAACCACCAGACAAAAGACUGUUACAGUGUACAUCAUUGCCAUAGCUUUUAAGGUCUCAUAUGUGCCGUACAUAUGAAACUGAAGCUACAGUUACCUCAUAAGACCUUUUCAGAGGCCAAGGACAAGAUGGACAGGUUUAAACAUCUCAUUCAUCCAGUGAAAUCUCAGUAACACAAACACAUCAGAGCUGACCAGUUAGAUAAAUACAGCAAUAACUGUAAAAACAAAUACCAUCUUAUCAAGUGGAAAAGUAAAAGGAGGAAUAUCACAAUGUGACAAAGAGACUCUGGUCAACAUGGAAACCUCCAAUCCAAAAGAGACAAAGGAUCUCUUGGAUGCUCUCCCUCACUGUUAUACAAAUCUAUUAUGUUUGGAAAUUUAUAUUACUUAUGUGUAGUGUUGUAAUUUUACUUUUCCUACUCUUUUUUUUAUCAACAUCUAUUUCUACUUCAGUUAGUGACUUUCUGCAUCCCCCACAAUGCCUUUUGACAACUGCAGAAAACAGCUAUGAACUUAUUUUCAUCUGUGGGUUUUAUGUGUUGGUGGACAGUGACAUAAAGAUAGUACAAACGGAGUGACAGCUGUUCUUAUUGAGAAAAAAUAAUAAGACUUGUGCUCGUUACUCAGAGCAAACCUAUCUUGUGGUUGCAUUUUUUUAUUCUGGUCUAUUGAGGCUACUGUGGGAUGGAGAAGUUGGUAUAACUGAUAUGCUUCUUCUACAAUGUAUUUGACUGUUGACUGUUGGUGCUACAUGGCAGCUCCAGAGAGAAACUCACCUUUCUUUUGGAUGUUGAUGUUUACAGUUCAUGUUUUUGAAACAUUUUGCCCUACAAACCUCCACUGUAGAUGUUGGGAUUAUCAAAAUGCGAUGACACGGUUAGGAUAUCUGCAAGGAAACAAGAAAACAGAAUCAGAAAAGUAAAAUUGUUAAGGUGUUUUAGGUUGGAUUUUUGCUUUAAAGGCAUAGUAUGGGUGUUUUGAAGUGGGGUUGUAUGAGGUUCUUAUCAAUAGUCAGUGUAUUGCCUACAGUAGAUGACGGUUGGCAC